AAUUAGUAAAUAAAAUUUUGAAAAAUUAAGUGAAUUUUUUAUUAUUAACUGAAAAGAAAAACCAAAUACCCACAAAUAUGUCAGAUGCAAAUAAUGAAACAGCGGCGGUAACACAACAACAACAAUCACCCCCACAAAAUGGCAAAGAACGUUCCAAAUCAACAGAGGAGAAGGAGAUACCACGUGAACCAGCACUUGUGUGCAAAGACAUUAAUAUUAAGACUGAACUGGAAUGCCUUGUUAAAUUGUUAGAUGGUAAAAUAUAUAAAGAGGAAGAAGUAUCCAUUGAAGAAUUGCAUCAGUAUUUAAUUGAAGAUGAGGGCUCAUGGGCUUUGGGCGAUAACUUUUUGGUCUUUGUACAGAGAGUUUUACGAGAACAAUCCUUUUCGCCCGAUACACGGAUACAUUUAAUACGCACAUUGGCUUUUGCCGCUCUUAAAGAUGAUGUCAUUAUUAUCUUGCAUCAAGAUCGUCGUGAUCACACUCUUAUGAAUUAUGGUUUCGAUAUUGAAAAGCAAACACCCGAGGAACAACAAGCCUGGGCUAUGUUUAUGUGCAAUCUUUUUGAAAAUGUUAGUCCUUCGGAAUGGCUUUUAUAUAUUUCCGAAUGGGAUUAUAAUGGUCAGACUUUGUCAAAUAUACGUGUCACCACCAAAGUUGCUGUCCAUUGCAUUCUCUCUAGUUGUCCGGUUUUGAAAAAUAUUGGUUCUAUGAUUCUAUACAAUGUGGCCAUUAAAGAAGUUAAGACUGUGGUCUUUGAUGAUGUUGCCGUUGAAUUGACAAUGGCUAUUUUACAAUUCUUCCAAAGCAGCCCAAAUGAAGAUCAAAUUUUCCGUUGUUGCAAGGCAUUGGCUAGAUUUUUGGAGGUCUCACCUGAUGUUGCCGCCAUUAUACAAAUGAUUGGACCACAUCCAAAACAAUUUGCCGGUAAAAGUGAACGUGUUGAUGAUUUAAUUAAUAUUAUUAGUCGUAAAGUACCCGCUUAAUGCGUAAAAUUUCUUUUUUUUUUAAUAAUAAUAUUAACAACAACAGCAACAAAUCUCAAUAAAAAAAUGUUAAAUUUUUUAAUAUUUAAUAAAUAUAAGUUUUAUGAUUUUAUCACAAAUA